AAAGCAAAAGAAAAAGAAAAGGAUUGUAAAUCGGCCAAGCAGACAUAAAGCAAAACCCAAAAAACUAUUUCCCCUUGAGAAUCUCCCCCACAAAUCUUCUCUACAGUUUCCUUAAUCCUUCAAUCUCUCUCCUCUCUUCCCCUAAAAUGUCCUCUUCAAAUUCACCCCUUCUUCCCCAUUUCCCCCAAUUUCUUCCUUCUCCCUCCCAUGGCGGCUUCCACUCCCAUCCUCAUCCAACACGCCCUUCUCCUCAAUCCUUCCCAACCCAUUUCUCCACGUGUCCUCCCCCUUUCCGCCAUUGAUUCCCAGCUCUUCCUCCGCUUCACCAUCGAGUAUCUUCUCAUUUACAAUCUCCCUUCUGUUUCCGACCCAUCCGCCGUUUCUUCCACUUUCCGAUCUGCUCUGUCGGAGCUUUUGAUCCUUUACUACCCACUUUCGGGUCGGGUCACUGAGAAACCCGAUGGGUCUGGGUUGGAGGUGGUUUGCCGAUCUCAAGGGGUUUUGUUUGUUGAAGCUGUUUCGGAUUUCUACACGGCGGCGGACUUCGAUCGUCCGCCGCGGUCCGUCGCGGAGUGGAGGGGGUUGUUGUCGUUUUCUGUAGAGGAUGUUUUGGAUGGAUCUCCACCGUUGGUUGUUCAGUUGACGUGGCUUAAAGAUGGAGCGUUGGCGGUUGGGGUUGGGUUUAAUCAUUGUAUUUGUGAUGGAAUUGGUAGUGCUGAGUUUCUUAACUCGUUUGCUGAGUUGGUUGUUGGGAGACUCGGCCGUGUUGCCGAGUUGAAGCCGAUUCCGGUUUGGGAUCGACAUCUACUCACUCCACAACCACCACCACGGCUUUCUCAUCGUCGGUCGCCAACGCCGGAAUUCCAACGUGUACCUGAUCUCUGCCGUUUCAUGUCACGGUUUGUUGAUGAACCACUCGUUCCAACUUCCGUGACUUUUGGGAAAAUUCAUCUCACGCGCUUGAAGUCACUUGCACACUCCACGCGCUGCCCUGGUGAGGCGGCGUUCACGGCGUUUGAGGUUCUUGCUGCUCAUAUAUGGCGGAGUUGGGCUCGAUCUUUAAAACUCCCUCCCAAUCAAACGCUUAAGCUUCUGUUUAGUGUAAAUGUAAGAAAACGGAUUAAACCGAAUCUUCCCGCCGGUUACUACGGCAACGCCUUCGUCCUCGGUUGCGCUCAGACCACCGCCGGUGAGUUGGCGGAGAAGAAACUCGGCCAUAUUGCCGGUUUAGUAAAACAGGCGAAAGAGCGAGUCGGAGAUGAGCAUGUGAAGCAUGUGACCGAGUUGGUGAGCGAGUCAAGAGUGAGUCCCGACUCGGUCGGCGUUCUUAUACUGUCCCAGUGGUCAAGGUUGGGGUUAGAGAAGGUUGAUUUCGGAAUGGGUCGGCCGGUUCACGUCGGCCCGGUCUGUUGCGACCGGUACUGUAUUUUGUUGCCGGUUUUUAAUCAAACGGAUGCUGUGAAGGUCAUGGUGGCGGUCCCCAAAUCUGCAGUUGACAAGUAUGAAUCCAUGGUCAGAAACGUGGCCACGUGAAUGUACUUGAGUGUGACACGUGGCGGAGUUGACAUGUAAAAAAAUGUUUGACUAUUUUUUUUUCCCUCUUUCGUUCUUGUUUUUUUUUCGCUUACGAAUAUAUUUAUUUAUUUAUUUAUUUAAUUUA